ACUACCCAAAGACUUAACCUAACCAAUUUGACCCCCAAUAAUUCCCGAAAUAUCCAAUGUAUCGUAAAACAAUCAAAUAACAAUUAAACCCCCCAAAGACAUGUAUCUGACAUUCCAUCCCCCCUUGAAACCCACCUUGUCCUCGAGUUGGACCUUCUUUCUUCUCUUCCUUCUUCCCUUCUGCCUCCUGUGCCUCCACUUCCUCGCCUUCAACCUCCCAGUUUCCGACGAGCAGCAUCAGAUGUCCCUUGGCACACUGGUGUCCCACCGUGUAUCUUUCGUCACUGUUGAAACAACGACCAUCUCUUCGCUUCUGGUCCAUUUCCGCCUGAGUUAGUCGGACGAACCCUUUUGGCGGCAGCCUGGUCGGGAACCUGCUCCCCGGCGCGGCUCUAAUUGCUACCGGGCUUGCGUUUCCCGGCGGCGGUGUGGUACCCGCUGCUCCAGGUUCAACACCUCCACUGGCCUUCUGGAUGCGCCCGUUGAGGUCCUCCAACUGGCCAACUCCUCUUCCUUGCGCCCUGCAAUUCUGAAAGCAACUCGAAAAGAGUCAGGCUCAAAAACAUUAACAGUCGUUGCCAGCUCGGGACGGAGCCCCGCCAUACACAAUCCCACUAAGGUCUCCUCUGUCAUUUCCUUGCACUGGUUUCCCAGUUUAAGGAACUCCGCGCAAUACUCGGCCACCGAACCCGUCUGUCUGAGCUUGGCGAGCUGUUCCGGAGCCCACCCCUCCGCUUUGCCAAACUGUUAGCAUAGCUCGUCCUGGAACCUGACCCACGAUAUGACCUCACCUGCCGCCGCAUAAGCUCUCUCGGUCCAUUCCCACCACCGGAGAGCAUCUCCCUCAAGAUAGGACGUCAGGUGCGCCUUCCGCUCUUCUCGAAUCGGGUGGUUCCUGAACCACCUAUCUGCCGCAUAAAGUCAUAAGCCCACAUCUCCAGACCCAUCGAACUUGGGAAACUCUAUCACCGGCGGUUUAGCUCUAAAUACCAGUUCAUCCUCAGCAUCAUACAGGGGAUUACUAUAUCCAUACCUGCCUGUGUUUGGUGGUGGCUCUCGAUUCAUCGGGCCACUAUGGUAGUAGCUACCCUCUGCUCGCUGCUUGUAAGAGUAGGGCCAGUCACCCGAUCCCCUGGUGGUUCCCGCCGUACUCUGGUUUGGUCUCAGAUCCCUGCCCAAUUUCCCGACAGCCUCGGCCUCGCCCUCCCCCUGCUCGCGGUGUACUCCACGGGGGAUACCCAUACUCCGGUCCUUUACGAAGCCCUUGCCCGGUGCGCCCCAACUGUUGUCCGCCGGUUGGUGGCCCGACCUGGUUUGAUUGAUUCCGGUCCGACCGGACGACCACCCAGUGGUCGGUUCGGUUCGCCCGACUUAGGGUUCGAUACCCAGCCCAAUCUUGCCUCCUUUGGGCCUGGGUCCAUCCAUCUUUCCUGGUCCGCGAAGCUAAGCUCAUCCUCCUCCCCGGGCCCAAUCAGCCAUGGGUCCUCUCUGUCGGGCCUAGUCGGCCACGGCUCUCCUUCGUACCCCACCAUCUUCUGCUUCCCACGUGCUUUGUCGUGGGCCUGGUCCGUCGGUGUAGGCAGUAAGCCUGGGCCGCUGAACACCGGCUCUGGCACGCUUAUCGUGCCCAAUUCUCCUUCCUCCACGGUGCGGCUGCGCGGCAUGGAAGAGCUCCCCAGUGCGCCGCCCUUCGCGGUCGAGACCCGCGCCAUCCUUGCUUCGCCACCGCCGUGGCCACUCUAGCUCCAGUGCCGCCGCUCGGCGGCUUCUCUUUGCUCGUCGCCGCCGUGUCGCCUCCACCCGGUCCGGCCAGCUUCUCCGCCGCCGUUGCCGGCGUCACAGCGCGGGCUGCGGUUGCUGGUUGCUCACGGUUCUUAAGACCCUGGGUUAGCACCUCCUUCAUCGUCGCUGCCAGGGCUCCACAGAUGUUUUUAGCCAUGCUCUUGCUCAUCUCCUCGAUGGAUGCCUUGAUCUAGUUACCCAUGGCUUCAAUUGCCCCGAUCGAGCCCCUUGAGGCAUCAGCGGCUCUCACAGUAACCUCCGUCAGGCGACGCCACCAUCGCGUCAUACUUGCUUGUCGUCACAUCCUUGAUCGUCACGAUCUCCUUGUUCUUGCGCGGCGGUUGUUGUUUGUCCGUAGGGCUUGUCAUCUUCGGAUUACAAUACUUCUUCAGAAAAUCGGCACACCAGCCAGGCUCUGAUACCACUGAAAGAGCACGGACCUAGGUGUGCGAUUUAGGGAUUGCGAUUGGUAUGAGAAUUGAGGAUUUGGAUGAGGUAGAAUGGAAAUUAGGGUUGAGAGGAAGAGGAAUCGGGUCACCGGGAUGGUGGCCGACGGGUAGAGAGGGAGAGGAGAGGGGGAGAGAGUGCUUAGGGAAUAAUUACGUUGUUAUUGC